AUGUCCGAGUCCAGACUGAGAGUCCCUGACAAGGUCAGGGAAGUCGCAAAAGAAGACUUUGACCAGUAUAAGCAGCUGGCGUCAGAUGCUGUCCGAUCGGCCGCUUAUCUCUAUCCUUUCAAGGGCAUCGCCUACUUCUUCACACAUCGAGCACUAUGGAAACCUCUGGCUGCCAAGCUCCUCCCAACCGUCUCGCUCGGUCUGGGCGUGACUGUGAUGAUGUUUGCUGUCACCUAUGUCCCACAAGCUGCGCUUCUCACCCUCUUCAACGGUCCUCUCGCCAUUGUCACCACUGUUCUGCUUGUUCUCAGCGAGUCGUCCACCAUAUUCUCUGUCUUGAGCAAGAACUUUCUCAUUGAUGAUGCCUUGAUUGACACCUUUGAUGGCACAAUGGUCUGCCGAAACCAAACUGCACUUGUAUCAAACGAGCGUCAGGUCAAGUCAGGAAGUGAUCCCAUUGGAAAACUAGGCAAGUUGGUCAGCAAGCCAUUUGCAAAGUUUACCCCCAAGGCCAUCAUUCGCUACUUCAUGUACCUGCCGCUCAACUUCAUCCCCGUUGUUGGUACCUUUAUCUUUGUCAUCCUCCAAGGACGCAAGUUUGGUCCGACCGCACAUGCCAGGUACUUCCAGCUCAAGCAGAUGAAGAAGCAGGAGAAGGAGCGAUUCAUUGAGGAGCGCAAGGCUGCAUACACCAGCUUCGGUGUUCCUGCCGUCCUUCUCGAGCUCGUACCCGUUGUCGGAAUCUUCUUUUGCUUUACCAACACUGUCGGUGCUGCCCUUUGGGCUGCUGAUAUGGAACAGGGUGUGCAUCCCAGUGGAAGCAGUCAAGGCAGCACCACCGCCCCCAAGCUACGUCAACAGGCCGAGAUUGCAAGGGAAAGAGAGUUGUGA